AUGGCAGCUCGCGAGCUGCUUGCCCGCCUGGAGUCGCAGCCCUGCUUCGCGGAGCUUCACGUGGACGCCUCCCUGAGCCGGAAGGACCUCUUGGAGCAGGUCGCUGGGGCGCCAAAAGCACGCCAGCUGCGACUCUGGUUAGACAAUGGAGUUUUCCAGUCCGCAUCAGAGCUGGCAGAGCUCCUGCAAGCGUGCUACGAGCACCUUGGGGCCGUAGCUCGCCAAGAGAAGCUGCCCAUCUUCGAGGACAUGUCCGUGCUGCCCAACCUGGGUGCAGGAUCUGGCCGGGCGCCUCCAUGCCAAUUUCGAGGGGAGAAAUUCGAUUAUGUGGUCUUGGGCGGAACGUUCGAUCGGCUGCAUGUGGGACACAAGGUCUUACUGACGGUGGCUGCUGUGAUGGCUCAGCGAGGCCUGGCGAUCGGUGUCUCCGGCCCACCAUUGCUGCGAGAGAAGGCCGGCGCGUCCAUCCUUCAAGACUGGGGCGAGCGAGCUGCGACUGUGGUGGACUUCUUGGCAGUCCUCCGGCCCGAUUUGCAGGUGCGUGUGGAGGAGCUCGAGGAUGCCUUCGGCCCAGCGCUGUGGCCCGAAAUGGGGGCCCUGGUCGUGUCGGCCGAGACGGAAGCAGGGGGCGCUGCGGUGAACGUCCGCCGGCAAGAGAAGAACUCGCCACAGCUCCAUGUGGUGGCCGUGCCGCUGGUGGCUUCUGCAGGAGGGAAGGUCAGUUCGACCACGGCGCGUGAAUUGGACUCUUUGGCUGCCGCCAUCGAAGCUUGCUGGGCGAUGGUCCCCGAAGCAGGCCGGGCUCGCCGCUGGCUGCCCUUGCUCCUGGCGCUUGCCCGCCAAGCUGUUCAAGGAGAGAGGGACCUCGCCCAGAGCCUCUUGGGCCUUGGAGCCGCCAAAGAAAGCGGCCCUGGCUGGGCUGCCGCUGCAAGGUGCCUGGAGUUGGCUCCGGUCGGGCUCGGGCUCCUGCAGGCGGUGGCUGCAGACGUUGGCUGGGACGAGAUGACGGUGACACGGAUUCGACACGAGCUGGGAACCGACGUCCCAUCGCGGCUGUGA